CCUCAUGCUGAAGUGAGCUCUAAGUUUAGACCGCAGGCUUCAGCACUAACAGGUCAGCACCGUGGCUCUCUGAGCUUCUACUGCCCCCUCAGAGUAGAAGGACGACAUCAGCAUGGCUUCAGCCAGUGACACCAGCACAGAAGAAGACCAGAAGGUUCCAGAUGAGACGGAAGCUUCUUCAGUGAAAGACGUCCAGUCUCACUACCUCCGCUGCCCUUCCCCAAGUUUCUCCAUGAUGUCGGAUCGUUUCUCGACCGUCUCUGAUCGGUUCUCCAUGAUCUCUGGGUCAGACGCUGAGAGUAUUUUCAUGGAACCGAUUCAUCUUUCCUCAGCCAUCGCAGCAAAACAGAUCAUCAGUGAAGAGUUAAAACCCAAAGAGAUGAGGUUGGUCUCCACUCCAGAGAGCAUGCUGGAGACGGCUGAGCAGCUGAUGGUGGAGGAUCUGUACAAUCGUGUCAGGGACAUGAUCGAUGACCGCAGCCCCUAUAACACACCCUGUGUACUGGACAUUCAGAGGGCUCUUGUUCAGGAUCGUCUGGAGGCGCCGCUAAACCCUGUGGAUGAAGUUUGGCCCAGCAUUUUUAUUGGGGAAAAAUCGGUGGCGGUCAACAAAGCUCGUCUGAAGCGCCUUGGCAUCACUCACAUCUUGAAUGCAGGACAUGGCACUGGCGUCUACACGGGGGAGAGUUUCUACCAGGGAAUGAACAUCACAUACAAGGGCAUCGAGAUUGAUGACUUCCCCGAUGCAGAUAUCUCACCACACUUGAGAACAUGUGCAGAGUUUUUAGAUGAGGCUUUGCUGACACAUAGAGGAAAAGUCCUGGUGGACUCCAUGAUGGGUGUAAGCCGCUCAGCAGCGUUAGUCUCUGCUUACUUAAUGAUCUUUCAUAACAUGUCGAUCAUGGAGGCACUGACGGAGAUGAGAAAGAAGCGUGCAAUAUACCCCAACGAGGGCUUCCUGAAGCAGCUCAGACAACUCAACGAAACCCUGAUGGAAGAACGAGAUGAAGACGAUGAUGAGACUCUCAGCCAGUGCUCUGUAGUUGAUGCCAGAGCUCGCCUCGAUGAGGAAGAAAGCAUGUUUGGUGUUAAGGCCAAUUCCAUCAUGGUGGAAGAGGAGGAGGACAGUGCAAGUGUUAUGAGUAGUGUUGCGUCAUCUGCUGCUGCUGCCGCCCUAAAAGCAGGCUUUCUUGGAGGCUCAACUACUCAAAAGGUGACCUCGAUGGAUCCUUCUCUGCCUGGGAAGGAAGGAGAGAACAAAGACGAUGAGGUGGACAAAAUGAUUCACGAGUGGCAGAAGCGAAAUGAGAAGUACCAAAGUGAGGAGUGGUGGGAAGCCCAGCUAUUGUGUGAGGAGGACAAUCAGUCUCUCGCAGACAUGGAAAACGGAAUGGUUCCCAGGCCGGAGGAUCUGGAGAGUGUGACCAGCGAGGAUGUAGAGAUGCUAAAGGAGAGGGUUAAGCGCAGACCUCGUAGGCCUGCUUCAGUCUCAGGCUCAACUGCAAGCUGCAGCAGCUACGCCGACUUAUGGAAGCAACGGCUCAAGGAGAUCGAGGAACAGGCCGCAGCAAGGUAUCGCAUGAAGGAACAAGACGAGGACGCGUGCAGUGAGGCGAGCCAAAAAAAGAUAGACGAAGACCUUGAAAGUAUAAUGUCUGACUCAAGUUCCAUGUAUAACUUUUGCAAGAAGAACAAGGACAAGCUAACCCCUCUGGAACGAUGGAAGAUCAAGAGGUUACAGUUCGGUUGGAACAAGAAAGACACCAAGGCAGAGAACAGCGGCGAAGAACAAAAGGAAGGUGAGGCAGAACCUCCUGUUCCUUCUUUAGAAGACGUCAACUUAACAGCCUACCAGACAUGGAAGCUGAAGCAGCAGAAGAAAUACGGCGGAGAGGAGAAGAAGGAUGAGAUUUUGGAGAUGAGCCGUGGAGAGGAUUCAGCCACAGUUAAAAGGAGACAGCGGAGAGAAGAAAUACUAGAGCGGUCCAGAAAAACACUCGAGGAGAGCCAAUCGGUAUGUGGCUGGGAAACCGAGAGCUCGCUCAGCGCUAAUAGCAUCCCGCUGUCUGCUUUUUGUGCUGGCGCUUUUCCUUCUGCAAGUGUUACAGGAGAUGAUAACAUGUCAGUGUUAAGCGGCAGAUCAUCUGUUCAAUCAGGCCGUAGCGCACAAUCCCAACCCCCUGUCCCGACAGCACCACCGGCGCUACCUGCCCCAGUGCUGGGACCCAACGGAGAACCAAUGGUUAACAUAGCAAACAUACAGAACUGGAUUGCAAAUGUGGUGAAUGAAACCCUCAUGCAAAAACAAGCAGAGAUGAUGAUGGGAGGAAGUCUUCCUCCUUCACGUGCAGGCUCAGUCUUCAGCCUGGGUGCUGGCUCGGCAGUAGUACCUGGAAGAGGAAUGGACGAUGACAAGUUGUCUGUUCACAGUGGUUCAUCCUACUCCAGCUUGUCCCGCUGUAAACCAGAGUCUGUGCUCUCUGCUGGAGGUAGGGCAGCGUCUGUGCUUUCUGCAGCCGGAAGGGCAGAAUCAGUUCUGUCUGCUGGAGGAGCAUCAAGGCUCUCCUCAGUUUCUGGAUUAGGUUCUCGUAGGAGCAAGAUAACCACCACUAGCGUUCCUCUGUACAGCUUAUUCCAAGACCAGGUAAAUCUGCAUAAGUUGGACACAAUAGAGAAGGAGAUCCAAUCUGAUAUGAGGGAGAAGAUAAGCUCUUAUGAGAUAAAGAAGAUAACAGAAGAUAAUAAGCGGAGUACACUGUUCAAGAAGAAAAAGCCGAAAGAUGAGGAUGAAGACAAAGCGGAUGAGAGUGAACGGUCAGGAAUUAGCAAUGAUUUAAACCAACCCACUGAAAAACCCAAACCAAAACGAGAUUAUGGUCGUUCAGGAAUUCUCCACCUCCCAGCCUCAGCGAACAACAAUUGCAGUAUCGAUGAGUGGCUCAAUAAUGUUAGACCCCCCUCAGGCAAACCAAGAAGUUAUACUGAAGAUACAGCUGAACCUCGCAUGUCCAGGCCAACAUUUGACGAGCCUCCAGAGCCGUCAGAGUUUGAUUUUCCGACCCGAAGAAGUUCAAUCGCAGCAGAAGACGGCGAUGAAGACGGCUACGGCUUCGCAUCAAGAUUUUCCUCACGGUACGAGGUUGACAGCGAGUUGGAUUUAAGCAGAGAUCCAAGUCCCGAAUUCAGCCAUCGACCUCGGAGGAUGCCACUUGGAGAGGACGCCUCUUUCAAUGGAACAUCAGAGUCCGGCUGCUACAGAACUGGGAGGUUCAACGCCAGAAGUGAGACUGAGGAUGAGGACAGUUACCAGGAUUACUCAGAGAGGAGGAAAUUUACUCACUCUUCACGAUUUAACAACAGUGAGGCAGCAGGAAGGAGCAAAGCGCACAAAGAAGAUGAUGAUGAUGAGGAAGUAUCUUCUAUUAUUAAUCAGAUUAGACAGAGGGCAAGAGCAAGAGUAGCGGAAGAGUCAGAGGAUGAUGAAGUCCUGGCUGCAUGGAGGAAACAAUUGGAUUCUAAGUCGAACUCUAAUAGAAAUGAAUCUUAACUAUUUUCUGGUUUAUUUGGUGAGAUGAAUAUUAACAUCACAGGGUGGUUAUGCAGAGAUAACCUUUAUAAAUAAUAUUGUUAUCAAAAUUAAAUGUUUAUAAUUUAUUUUGUCAGUAGCUUGAGAAACAGUGCAGAUUCCACCAAAGCCUCCAAGGCCACCAAAGCUACCAAAACAGCUUCACACACCUUGCCACAGAUUCUAUGGAACUGCUCUGAAGGAACAAAACACCAUUUUUCCUAAUGGUUUUUCUUUAAUUAGGUAUUACACCAAUCAGACAUAACAUUAUGACCACCUGCUAAUAUUGUGUUGGUCCCCCUUUUGCUGCCAAAACAGUAUUGACCCAUUGAGGCAUGGAGUCUGACACCUUUCUAUCAGAACCCGCAUUUACUUCUUCAGCAGUUUGAGCUACAGUAGCUCGUCCAAUGGAUCGUACCACAUGUGCAUGACCCUGUCGCCGGUUUACCCCUGUUCCUUCCUUGGACCACUUUUGAUAGAUACUGAAGAAGAGCACAAGAGCUUACGCUCGCCCAUUUUUCCUGCUUCUAACAUCAACUUUGAGGAUAAAAUGUUCACUUGGUGCUUAAUAUAUCCCCCCCACUAACAGGUGCCGUGAUGAAGAUAUAAUCAGAGUUAUUCACUUCACCUGUCAGUGCUCAUAAUAUUAUGCCUCGUCGGUGUAUAAGGUGAUGGUGACGAGCGCUAACAAGUCAGCCCACAUUCUUCCCCUGGUGUUCAAUGAAAUUGAAGGUUUUUGACUGCAUAUUAACAUGAAGCAUAUUAUGAACAUUAUUACUGUCAUCCUGGAAUAUACCACUCCCACAAUGAUAUAAAGGCUCCUUCCUAUUGAUCAAGGGCUCAGUUAGUAAAGCUUUGUAUUGAUUUGUGACCCUUCUCUUUAGGAAGCAGGUGAACCCAAACCUGUCUGGUAACAUCUGCACGCAUUAUUUAUGAGUUAUUUCUUUGUUGUUUAUAUAAAUGAACUUGUUAAUCUCUUGUUUAAUAUUACAAUGCACAUAGAUGCUGAAGGCACACCAUUGUUUUAGUGCAAUGUCCAUUUCUUUAACAGGUCUAUCUAAAAAUACCUACUCUAACUCAACUCGUCUUUGUUUCUGAAGGAAUUACCUUCAAAUGCAUAAAUGUUCACAAUGACUUCAUUUUUUGUGUUUUAUUUCACUGUUUAGACCUACAGUUGGAUCCUAAUGACUUUGCACCGACUUUCUCACAUUAAAACAACCUGUUUGAAAGAACAUUCCCAAAAAAAAAUCACAAAAUGUAUUUAUAUAACUGCACAUGUUCCACGAGCUUAAAGUUCCAAAAAUAUUUAGGGUUUGUUGUUGUUUUUGAUUGUUGUGUUCGUGUUCACAAGCUGAAUAUUCCUGUUCAAAUUAUCCUGACCUGAU